CGUGGCCACCAGCAGACACGCGCGCGUCCCUAUGCGCGUGCGCCCUCUUUUGGUCAAACACGUGUCUUGUCAUUUCCAUGGAGACAGUAAAAACAAACGCACACGUGGGCGAGUGUGUGACGUCGUUCAUGUAGCUAGUUUUGCUUCGAUUUUAGUUGGUAACAAAAAACUAAAGGUUUGCGGUCUUUUUCGGUGUAAAAGAUGACAUCAGUCCAGCGCCAGCGUUUGCAGCGGGCUAGCGUUAGCAUGUCGGAGACCCGCGUGGUUCCGACUGGCGAAGUUUACCAGCAGCUCUUUGAAGAUCAGGUUCGACUGUCCAGAAGUUUGUUGGCUGCACGCAAACACACAGCAACAACAUAUGUGCGUGCUGCCGACUGUGACGCACCAUGCGGCGCCAAAACCAGGGAGCAUUCCCUCGCCGAGGGUGACGAUGUCGGCGAAGAUGAUGACGGCGAAGGUGAUGCAGAUGCGGAGGAGGUGGUCAGGCUUCCGGACACCGUGGAGGCCCGUCACGAGUCGUGCGACAUCCUGCAGCGCGUCUACCAAAACAAGAAAAUCCAACACCAGGAAGCCGUGCGCCACGUGCACGCGCAACUCACCCAGCUCGCGCAGGUGUGUGAGGCGCAAGUAAGGACACACAGCGUGCAACUGAAGACCAAACUGCAACAACUCGAUGCCUCUUUGCACGAGCUGGCGCGCGACAUGACGCACGUGCAACAACGCAGUUUACAGGAAGUAUUGUGCGUGUGGAGCUCAGUAGAGGCUCGCAUGAAGGAGAAAAAGUCCAGCGUGUUGACCUUUGAACUUCAAGUUAGUGAAUGUGAGCGACUGAGAGUCAACAAGAUCAGACCAGUACUAAGGAGGUACUGCCACCUGCUGGAGAAGAUCAACUUCCUGCCUUGCACAAACACACACAUGCACAUUCACAGCCAGGCCACGAUGCUCAAUCAGUGCCUGCUGGCUAACCGCCGCGCUGCGGCGCGCCUCCUGCUACUGCUGCACGAGGAGGCUCUCCAGCAGGAGGCGCUUCUGCGCUUGCAGUGGGAGGAGUCUGUCAGCCUGUGGAGGCGGAGUCAGGCCAGCCACGUGGUCCAGGAGUUCAGGUUGUCGGUGGCGAGCGUGGACGUGUGGCGUCUCCUGUCGGAUGAGCUGACGUUCCAGGAGGUGGACCAGAGCGUGCGGCGUUUGACCCAGCGGCGCUGCGACAUUGUCACCAGCCUCAGCUCCUUGAUCCCGCCCUCCCUCUCCACAACUCUGGUCUCCGAUUGGUUCACGGAGUUGACGGCCGUCAAUCAACAGAUCGACAUGUGUCACGCCGACUUCCUUCAUCAGCUGCGUUGUCGUUACGAGCUGAUGUGGCAGGACCGCGUGUCGCAAGUGCAGAGUUACCAGGAGACGCUGUCCGCGCUGGGGCUGCCGGAGGAGGAGGUGAGCGACAUCGUCAAGUCCCAACUCAUCUCUCUCAUUGGACAACACCAGCGACAGGACGAAAUGCAGCUGGCCGCCAUCGACACGUGUUCGGACAGCCUGUACCGUGCGUCGGCGCGUCUCAGCCGCCGCGUGUUCGUGGUCAUGCGUGCGCUGGCGUCGCUGUGGGAGAAGCACGGCGGGAUCCUGCUAGGCCGAGAGGAGCAAGUUCAGCGGCGCUUGGACGAGCUGCGGCUGGCGCAAGAGCAACACGUCCAGAGGAAGAAGGUGUUCCUGGACGAGCUACUGAUCGCACUUCGCCAGGAGAGCAGCGAGGUGGCGUUGAAGUUGUCGCUGGAGCAAACCGUCGUCUACCUGCGUGACAUGAGGAACAGCUGCGGCGAGUGCGUGACGGACCAGUGCGCCGUGUUGGACCGCCUCCCUCGCACCUUCGUGGACGAGCUACUGGAGUUCAGCCGACUCCUCAGCAACUUUUUCCACCUCGGCAACGCCUUCACUCCUAGCGAAGAAGACCUGAAGAAGCUGCCGGCAGUUGAUGACGUCAUCACCAGCGGCAGCCAAGAGAGUAGUGAAGAGGAGGGGAAAACAGAGGAACCGCCAAUCAGCUGUCCGGAUGAUGCGGCACCUGAGGAUUCUUCUGAUUCUCUCGCUGAGGCUGAGUCGUCUCUUCUCGAGCUCUAUGACCUCAGCAGCAAGGUCAACUUGACGUCGUCGAGGGGCGUGUCCUACUCUGGCCCCGCCUUCAGGUGCCCUGCCUCUGACCUGCCAGGCAACAUGAGCAAGCAACAGGAAACACACCUCAGCGCGUUUCCUGUCGAGCUUCUCAUGCACGCGCUCAACAGGAUGCGCAUUUGGUUCCUGGAUUACGUGGAGCAGCGUUUUCAGGACGUCCUGACGUCGGCCAUCGCCACGGUGACGGGCAGGAAGGAGGCGGUGCGCGCCUACCACGAGCUGCAAAUGCAACCUCUUGAUCCGCUCCAUGUCAAGACGUGCAUCUACAUGCCGCGCAUGGCCGAGUUGCAGCUGCACAAGCAGCGAGUGGACGCUCACUGCCAGCAAGUGUCAGACGUGCUGGCAUCGUGCACGGCGGCGCUGCAGGAGCUGCAGACGUCCACCUACGAGAAGAAUCGGCGGCUGACCGCAACGCUGGGCGAGAUGGAAGACAGCGUCCUCAAAACGGACGGCAGCCAACGUCUGGAGGCCCUUAGCGCCACCCUGCAGGACCGUCUGGACGAGCACAUCAAACACACCCAGCGCUCGCACUCGUCCUUCCGGGCGACGCUUCAGCUGCAGAUGGACGAGCUCCGAAAUCGAACGGCGCGCCUCCUCAAGUCUUUCAGGCUGUUCAGCGAAGGAGGCGACUACACGCGGCAGGAGGUGAAAAUCUUCCAGAGACGUCUGAAGGAGGAGAGCAAACGCAUCAGCGUCACUGAAGAGAGCGUCUACACGGACCUGCACAACCUGCAGACCAAGACUUUACAGCAGGUGAAGGCGGCGUCGGGGCGUCUGGAGGAGAAGCUGUGCGUGCUGCAGGCCGAGGUCAAGUUCAUCGAGUUGAUCGAGAGGAUACUCAGCAGCACUCAAGUGGAAGUCAAAGCCGAGGCGGCGAGCAGCAAUCAGCAGGAGGCAGUCAUCAGCGCUCGCAUGGAGCAACUCCGGAAAACUCUGGAAGAAGACCGGGUGAGCGUGGAUCAGGUCUUCACCUUGUUGGCCGCCAUCAGCGAGGACCUGAAGAGACGGAGACAAUACUUGGAUGAGGAGAGCGUGGCUCCUCCCACUGUGUCCAAAUCCAGAAAGCAGGUGUGGUCGGCCCCGCCUCCUGCCCUCCUGCAACCCUGCCGCUCAGGAGGGAACAUCAUGGAAGAUCCCAUAGUGGGCGUGGUCAAGUCGCUCAACAGGUUCUGUGAAGGUCGAAGUUCCACCCAGCGGCACCAAUCGCCAAGACGCAGUGAAUCUGCUGGUGUUGCAAGGACGUUCAGGACUGACAAAAGGCUCCAGAUCUUUGGCGCCAAAUCAGAAGCAGAUCCCAAUCCGGAUUGUUACAUCUCCAUCGUGAACGCCAUACUAAAGAGGACUCAUCAGACCCUUCUGCUGGUUGCCAAGGACUUCUAUCAGAGUCAGCGUUGCGGUGGCUUCCAUAGACUUCCUGCCGGUCUGGACCAAUGGGUGGAGAACACGCAGCAAAGGCUUCUGGGACAUCACGAACGUGCCCGCAUGCUGCUCAACGCCAGCAGGGAAGCACUGGAACAGCAGCAAUGCGUGUUGGCCGACAUGAUGCAUUUGCUGCCUGCCACGUUGAUCCGUACGCACGAGAAACAUCUUGGGGUGGAGCUGAAGGAAGAGGCGGGUCGAGUCCGCCGCUCCUUUGAGGAAACAAUGGCCGCCAGUGAGGAGGAGAAGACGACGAGCAUGGCCGGUCUUCGUGUGUCGCUCUCAACCAAUGAGAUGGAGGCACUGAAGCGCGCCGAGGAGGCUCGACAACAGAGACUCCACGACGCCAUCUUGGGCUCCCAUCGGGAACUUCAGGAGUGUAUGAGACGCAGAGGGGAGGAGUUUGUGACAUCACUGGCAUCCCUGACGGAACACCUCCUCCAUCAGAUGGACCGUCUUCCUUUGCCAGAAGUGACGUCACAGCAGACGUCGGAGGACAGAGACGUCGCCAUGGAAGCUACGCAGCAAGCCUGCAGAAUUUGGCCGGGGAUUCCUCACAUGUCGCUUCCUGCCAACCCCGCGUCCUCCGUUACCACUGCAACCACCGCAGCCAUCACCACCUCCAAGUGCACGCUGGGACAUCUGGCCAUCAUCCAACACAGAGAUGCUGCCACCAAGCGUUUUGAGCAGGUGUUCUUGUCACAGUUGUCACAUUCCGACGCGGACAAACGAAGACGACUUAAUGAACUUCAAAGCUGGAAGACACACUGGAGGGUCCAAAUACACAAACUCACACACUGAUAGGCACACUCACAUACACGCGCACACACACACCCACCCCACAUAUGCAUACUUGUGCAGUCGGAACACACACCAUGUCCACACAAGUGUGUGCGCAAACUCAUGCUGACUAGCUGUUGGCUCUGUGAGGUCAUCAGUUGUCAAUAAAGCCGCAGAAGAA